AUGGUUCCCGCCCACAGGCCUCAGUCAGGGCUCCAGUCUCACUGGACAGACCAGCCAUGUGGCAGAAGAAGGGUCAUCCUUAUAAGAGCAAAGCAAGGUCCCAAACUGAUCCAUGAGGAGCUAGAAGAGAUGAGGGAUUCCUGGGUCCCGGACACGCGCAGGGACACGGGCAGGAAGCUAGACGACGCAGCGAGUGUAUACAACCCUUCAGGGCAGCCAGAGAAGACUGGAAGCCCCGACGGGGCGGUCUCGGAGUGCCGGGCUGGGGCUGAGGGGAGAGUGCGCGAGGGUGUGUGGGGACCCCAGGCCAGCCCCGCGGACGGUCCCGCCCAGCGGGGCCCGGAGCAACUCGGGCAGCCGGGGGGCCGGGGCCGAAGCCGGGGGGAGCCGGGGCCGGGGCCGGGGCCGGGGCCAGGGGCGGCGAAGGCGCUGUCGGGACGCCCGGACCCGGCUGAGCCCCGGGAGCCGCGGAAGGCGGGCGGAGCUGGGAGCACUUCCCCAGGCGUCGGGUGGCGCCGAAGCUCAGCACGCGAGGCAGAGGGUCUCUCGUUCAUCACCUUUGUCUGCUAUGUGGCAUCCUCUGCAUCUGCCUUCCUCACAGCGCCUCUGUUGGAGUUCCUGCUGGCCCUCUACUUCCUCUUUGCCGAUGCCAUGCAGCUGAACGACAAGUGGCAGGGCUUGUGCUGGCCCAUGAUGGACUCCCUGCGCUGUGUCACAGCCGCUCUCAUCUACUUUGCCAUCUCCAUCACAGCUGUCGCCAAGUACUCAGACGGAGCUUCCAAAGCAGCUGGGGCUUUUGGCUUCUUUGCCACCAUCGUGUUUGCAAUUGAUUUCUACCUGAUCUUUAAUGGCGUCGCCAAAUUCCUCAAACAAGGGGACUUUGCAGAAGAGAACACAGCCAACAAGGCGGAAGAAGAGAAUUCCGACUCUGACUCUGACUGAAGGCCUCCCCGCCCCAGCAACCCGAGCCACGCGGGCCCCCACUGCCGCACCUUCGGACCAGGCUUGCCGCCGUGGUCAGGGCACCGCGUGUGCUGGGAGAGAGGCGGUGACUUUUCAAGCGGCAGCUGCUGACGGAGCUGGCCUCCUCGUGGCCCCAAGGUGACUUGCCCAAGCCUGGCAUACAAAACGGCACCCCUCGGCUGAGCACCGUCUAACCACUGCACACACGGGGGCAUCGUGAAUAUUCUGCCACGUCUCAUUUCUGCCCCACAGACCUUAAGCCUUGUAACCUCUCUGCCAAAAAUAAGCACAAGGGGACAAAGCUCACGGAGCCUUGUUACCUCCAUCACAGGAAGCAGUUCAGGCUGGAGACCCACCAACAGCAUAAACCAAGUAGGACAGAAGCCACCACGGGGCCAACCUGCUAGGCCCCAGGGAUUUUUGUCUGCAUUUGGUGUCCCACUCAUGCCAGGCACUUUGUCGAGAAUGAUCCUUUCAAGAUUCUUUUGUUCAAGGAGCACUGAUACCCUCUUCAUUUUUGAAGCAGGGAGAAAACCGACCUUUGCUCUCAUCUAGGAGCAAGCAGGUCACGGUGCCCAUAAUGGGGCCUCCCACCCUGGGGAGCCACGUCGUCGCCAGGUGACAUGACAGUUGGAGAUUAGCUUACCAGAUCCAAAAGAUCAAGGGUACCUAACCACAAAAUAACUGACAGCAUUCUGGGGGGCUGGGCAGGCUCAGCCGAACCCUUUCCCGGGGGCCCACCGGCCGGCAAGGGGCUCUCGGGCACUCACUCAGGAUGAUAUGUUUCUCACACCAGAGCAGGUCUCCUGACUGCCUCUCGAGAGGUGAGAUGUGCCUUCUGUGUUCACCUAAGCACAUGUGCUGUGUGUCUAUGUUCAAUGGGAUUUUAUAACUUUAUGUAAUUUUUUUUUUUUUUUUACACAAAAGUAGCUUUUUAAAUGGCAUUUCCUCUGUCCCAAGAGGUCUUAUGAAUGAGCCAGAUCUGGACCCAUGUCUUGGGCAUUUGUAACCUUUGUUCUUCUCUUGCAUGUGAAAAAAGCCAUAAUGGAUUAAACCAGACUGACUAUG